AUUCCGACUAGCACAUCACAUUCAAUCGCAACGUUGAACAGUCAAGUUCUAUCUGCCACUAGAAGUCGAAAAACCGAACUGCAAAAAUGGCCUACGAAACGCUGAUGAACACCACCUACAGCACUGGCUGCCAGAAGAAGACCUACACCCCCGCCAAGGCCGUGAAGAAGAUCCUCAAGGUGGCCUGCAAAAUCUUCAAGACCUCGGGUCACCAGCAGCUCAAGAGCCAGACCCUGCCGAAGGAACUCCCGCUGCCCAUGUCCGAGGAGGAGCUGCAGAACGCCCAGAACGAGAAACUGGAGGCCGAGCUUGUCCAACUGUGAUUGAGGAAAAUGGGAAAACUCCAAAAACCCAACAGCCUGACAACAGCUUUAAAGACUCCAACGGAAUCGGUCUCUAAACAUCCGCCGCAGCUUUAACUCCACACUCUGCAAGUGGACAAUCUAGAAUGCAUAAAUAACCAGCUUUAAUCAUUGUCUUCCAUCUACGUUUAAGUGUAUGAAUAAAUACAUAAUAUGAAUAUCGAAA